GCCCCGCCUGCCCCGGCGGGCCCGGUGCGGGCAGCCAGCAGGGCGCCCCCAUGAACAACCUGAACGAGCCCCCCGGCUGGAACAUCCUGCCCAACCGCAGGGAGCCUGGCGAGGAGGGCGGCCGGUGGAACUACGCCCUGCUGGUGCCCAUGCUGGGCCUGGCGGCCUUCCGUUGGAUCUGGACCAGAGAAUGUCAGAAAGAAAUAGAAAAGGAAAAAAAUGAGUAUUACAAAAAGCAUUCGUCUCUACAGAAAGACCUAGAAGCCAAAUACCGGGAUACAAUCACAGAAAGCCGUCGCGCGGUUGCUCACCUGGAGCUGGAGCUUGAAAAGGAGCGCAACAGGACCCUGAGCUACCGUGAAGCCCUCGUGUCCCAGAGCCGCAAGCUAGUAGAAGAGAGGAAAAUCCUAGAACAGGAGCAGGAGAAGUUGGAGAGGGAGAAACAAGUUCUUCUGCACUCGGGAGCAGCGGGUAACUUGUACCAAAGUUGCCUGGCCAAGGAAGAAGAAUGGCAAAAGAGAGCCAAUGUUUUGCUAAAAGAAUUUGAAGAUGGACUUAAAGAAAGACAGGAGAUCUACUGCAGUCUUGUGGUACCCAGAAGCCAGAGACUAGAAAUAGAGAAAAAUUUGCUAGUUAAAGCGGCAACUGAUCCUGUUGCUAUGGCUCUACAUAUGGAAAGUGGCUUAAAAGAUAUUUUCAAACAUGAUAACUACUGUGGCAAUAUGCUGAACAGAAGCAGAAGUCAAAAUGGAAGACUUAUGUGGUUGUAUUUGAGAUAUUGGGAACUAGCUAUUGAACUACAGAAGUUCAAGAGGGUGGAAAAAGCAAUGUUAGGAAAACGAUAGGGAGAGCAAUGGUGUUUCAUGUGUUCUGCUGUGAAGAGUAGGGACAAUCACAGUUGUAGUCUGAAGCUGUUACGUUUUCUUUCUGUGUUUCCAUUUCUACUCUUCACUGUAUUUGUAUUUGCAUGGGACGUGCAGUGUUGGUGCCUUUCCUUUUACAAACAGCAGAUGCUCCAGCGAGCUAUGCAUGCUCUAAAACUCUGUGUGUUUGUAUUGCAGACUGCAGUGUGCUCCAGAGAUUUGCAAGCUUCCAUAGGGAUCAGAAGGAGCUAAACAGAAGUCACUUUAGAGUAAUUUACCAAGUUGAAGGCUGUACUCUAUCAACAGAAAAGUGAGAUUUGUGGCCCCUAUGUGGGCAGCACACUGUGCUCUUUAUGCAUGUGUUGCGUGCUGCCUCAACGCUGCCUUUUUUAAGCAACACUGAUUUUGAGACAGAUCUUUGGAAGAGACUAUGAUUAAGAUGCUUGUCGCAUAAAUCUUAUGCAUAUAUACAUACAUUUAUAGAAAUACAUAUGUGUGUAUGCAUAUGUAUCUGUGUGUAUGUAUAUAUAUCAAAAAUGUAUGUAUUAGUACUCUGAGAGGGGAAUAGUGUGAUCACACUUGAGGUUAAUCGGUCUUGCAUUGUCUUCCAGGCUUAAGAUACAAAUAGGACUUUAUGGACAAAACAUCCAAACGAUGCUAAUUAAAAUAAUAUUUAAACAAACAGAUUGAGGAGAGCCUCACUGGAGUUAGGGAGACAUGUUUGAAUACUAAAAUUAUAUAUAAACUUGAA